AUGGAUAUGUCCAGCUCCCGGAAACGCGCCCGCGAGACGGAGAGCGAGGACGAGGAGCCAACCGGGCGACGUAAGCAGCCGUCGAGCUCUCCCCUCAGCCCGGAGCAGCACACGGCAGCCAGCUGCCACGUGCAGCAACCGGACCACGGCAGCGCCAUUUCCCCACAAUCGGACGAAACAGCCGCCACCUCCUCUCCGCCUGCCGCCCAAGACGGAGGCCCUCCAGGAAGGGCGAGCACCACCUCUCGACAUCCCGCCGAGUCUACAGCCACCGCCUCCGCGGCCCCUCAGAGCAAGGGCGCGCCCGGAACCAUCCUCAACGCGCCGUCUGCUCCUGAUGGCGGCGCGUCCACUGCAGCGUCUGCUAGCGAACCAGCUACAAACGAAAGCGCUGCCGACGAGAUGGAGCUGACGGACGCAACACCCACUGUUUCGUCACAUCAGGGCCCUGAUCACCCCGCGGCGCGGUUCCUGAAGGACCCACCAUGCCAGCCUGCUUCGCGGCCGAAGCCAAAGGGGCAGAAGAAGCAGAAGAGGAAGGAGCCUGCCCAUGUUUCCCGUUCGUCUCCCGGGGCAACGGACGACUCGCGGCGCCCACCCGCUACCCUGGUCACCCCCAGUGUGCCUACAGCCGCAGUACAGAGAGUGACACCAUCCGCCCGCGAGUGCACCACGUACGACUUCACGCUGGUGCAAUCAAAGAGGGACCGGCGCCGUGCACGAGCCCUGGAGACUGCUGCACUCCCGGUUGACCCCGUGGUCGUCGUGACUGCCCGACUGCCAGCCGAGCGCGGCAAGAGCAGCGGCUUCCUGCACGGGGUGGUCGGGUUACCCGCGGACACAGACCUGCUGGGAGCCAUCGAGUCGAGCGUUCCCGUGCUGUCGGCAACGAGGGAGGAGAGCACCAUCACCAUCCGAUUCGCGGGACCGGUCCCCCCUGAACACGUGCGCCUUUUCAAGCUCGGGUUCAGGGGCAGCAGUCCGGGAGGAGAAGCAGCCACAGCAGUCCUCAUCUUCGGCGCCGUCCUAUGCGAGCGUGCUGAAGGGCCCCAGUCCUGCACCUAG